AGGGCGCCAUCCGGGUGGGCUGUGCUGUGGCUGGAAGUUACUGUGCGGCGGCGGCUAAGAAGGCGGCUGUGGUGGCGGUGGUGGCGGCUGAGGCGGUAUCUGAGGUGGCGACGGAGGAAGCAGAAGAUGGCAGAUUUUUUGAAAGGACUGCCCGUCUACAACAAAAGCAAUUUUAGUCGAUUUCAUGCUGACUCUGUGUGUAAAGCCUCGAAUCGACGCCCCUCAGUCUACCUGCCCACGAGGGAGUACCCAUCCGAACAGAUCAUUGUGACAGAAAAAACGAACAUCCUUUUGCGCUAUCUACAUCAGCAAUGGGACAAAAAGAACGCUGCCAAGAAGAGAGACCAGGAGCAAGUGGACCUUGAGGGUGAGAGCUCGGCUCCCCCCCGAAAAGUCGCACGGACCGACAGCCCAGACAUGCACGAGGACACUUAAGACUCACACUCCCUGAUAGGUGCCUCCUGUCUUGUCUGCUCCUCACCCGCCUGCCGUGUGUAAGCACCCUGUCCGCCCGCCCCGCCGGCCUGCCCGCCCACACCCUGCCAUGCACACCACUUCCAACCUCAUAGGAACCGAUGUAUUUAUUUUCCUUGAGUCUUUAUUUAUGCUGUAAAAUGUACCGAGCGAUGGUUAAAGGGUCAGACCCAGUAGUGUGAUGUUGGUAGAUGCUUCUUAAAAAACAACAUUGUUACUCACUGUCCCACCCCACCCCAGACCUCCUCCUCCUGCUCCCCAGUCUUCUGGAGAACCAGAGUCAGUCUGUGAGUGUCUAGAGAUGAGCCCUGCUGCAGCUGGGUGACUGGGGUGGGGCCCUUCUCCCCACUUCCGUCCACUGGUCUGGCCUUAAAGACUCGGCCUUGACUCUAGUUCCACUGGGACCUAUUCUAUGCCCAGACCCUGCUCUGAGAGCUCGCCACAGGGAGAAGUCAGCUCUUCCGGAUCUUUCUCUUAAGUCAUUUUAUCAUGGACUGGUGCGUGCUCCGUGUCCACCCCAAUAAAAGGAUCUUUCCUACUUGCUCUUGCGUCUUUGCUCCACGUGCCUCGGCCCCAGAGGACCAAGCCACUGAGAGUUGUCUCAUCAUCACCAAGAGGAGCCAAGAGGGGCCUCCAUGAGCUGGGUCCCCAGGACCAGCUGGACUCUCCUUCAGGCCUGCUGCAGCCAUCUUGCCCAAAGCCAUGCCCUGCCUGGACCCACCCUUCUGCUUCACCUGUCAAGUGUUCCUGAUGAUCAGGACACCCCCAAGAGACCGUCCACACCACCAAAGACAGAGCAGUGGUGGACCCCACACCCAGGACAUUGGCAAGCAGGGUGGCACGCCCACCAGCCACUGUGGAGACAGUCCCUGGUUCCAGAAGAAGACACAUGGAGUGCAGCGGAGCGAAGGGGGCUUUCAGGCUCCAGGCAGAAGGUUUGAGGCCCUGACCACUGGGCCCAGAGUAGGGGGGUGGGGCGGGGGAGGCUGCUGCUUCCCCCACUGGCCCUGGAUGGGGACUGCAGUAUUAGGGGGUGGUGAGGGGUUGGGUCAUGGAGCUAGAGGGUGUGCCUGCUCCAGGUUUUCCUCAUGGAGGGUCCUUCCUGAGACAGACUGCUUGGGUCUGGGCUGCCUAGUACCACCCUGGGUGGCAGAUACCAGGGUAGGCCACCCAGUUGUGUUGUAAGGGCAAGGGGUUAUACUUCCCAGCUCUGGGCGGUUUCUGUACCAGGGCCUCCGUGUUGGGUCCCUGUGGUCACAAGGCAAGGGCUCGAGCAGUGCAAGCUUGCCAGUGGUUGUGCAGACAUGGCCAAGUCCCCGGAGGCUCUUUGGCCCACUAGGAAUCCCAUUCCCAGGGGCUGGGCUGACCCUAGGCUGGCACAUGGCAUUGCUGAUUGUUAAUGUCUGAGAAGCCGGUGGGACAUCAGCUUCAAAGCCAUGGGGCAGAGCAGGAGCAGGUGGCACCUGUACCCUUGCCUUCCUGGCCCUGGUUCCCCUUUGCAUCAUGCCAGUGCCAUUUGUGGUGGGAGGCCCACAGCCAUGCCCCACCCAGACAUUUCUGUGGUUUCUCGGGUGUAGGCCCCUCAGCUGGCCUCUGCCCACUCCUCCUGCCUUUAGGGCCCCCAUUACUCUGCUCCCCCAAACACCAAACUCUGCCUUCCCACACCUCUGUGCCUUUGCACAGGCUGCUCUCCUGCCUCCAGUGAACCCCGAUUUCUCUUUCAGGGCCCUCCGCAGUUCCCCUUCACGCUGGCUCCCCAAGCCCUGGGGUGGGGCCUGUUCAGGCUCCAAGACUUUGGGUGUGGAUGAGGUGUGGAGAGAGGCCCCAUCUGUCCCUGAUCACACGGGGAAACCCCAGCUACUCGGGUAGGACAGCUGUCCCACAGUGGGGCAUCCUAGCCACCCCCACUCCACCCUGUCCAGGGAUCUCUGAAAUGCAGCAUCCCCUCAACAUUUCAACUUGGGCGCAAGGUGCCUUCUGGCUUUCAUCCCCUAAGUCCUCCCCACUGCCCCAGCUCCUCAGAUGGCAGUUUGGGUGGCGGGUGUACCAGGAAGCUCAGCUGAGAGGGGUCAGUGUCUCUCGUCACCCUGCAGGGCUGAAGCUAACUCAGGACCCAGGCCCGGCACCCAAACUCCUGAGUCCUUUCAAUACUUUGAGAUUUCUUCCUUUGUUUAGGAAGCUGAAGACACAGCGGGCUUGAGGCUCAGUAGCUCCUCCCAGGGCCUUGGGCUUGGAGUCGGCCCCCCAAUCUGGGCUGUUUCCGAGGUGGUACAGUCUGGAGUUUCCCGUGUGGCCUCCAGGCCCAGUUCUUAGGAGGCACCAAGGCUGCAAGGAGGAGGACACCCACCUCAGGCUCACCAGGCCCCAAGAGCCAGUGUCAACCUCAAGUUACCGGGCCCCUGAACUGUUUCCAUUGCUCUGUCCUCGGGCACUGUUGAAAUAUUCUUUUUAUUGCAUUUCUGCCGUUUUACAAAAAUAUGACAAAAUAAAUUAAAAACAAAUAAA